AUGCUCCUUUGCCAUCAUGGAGCAUCAACGUUGGGCAAGACACUUCGACCGAUUGUUUACCGAAUGAGUGGCGAGAGUGCUUUGAGGAAUCCGUUUAUGACUUCAGGCGAGAGGUCAACUCGCGCCAGCAUGGCUACUUCUAGCCCUAAGGUUCCGACUUCAGGUCGUCCAAAACCCCCUCAGCCAAAGACAUGGCAUCCAAGCCACGGCAUCCGAUUCAGUCCAGGACCUGACACACCUCGAAUGAACACCACAGCCGCAGUAGAAAUAGAGCAGGAUCUCAUGCUACACUCAAAAAUCGAAGAAAACUAUAUACUAGGUCCCUUGCAAACGACAUCUCGAGCACUGCCUGAAGAGAAGACCGAAACCCCCACCACCUACCCCCCUCUCCCCGCCGACCUCCCCCCUCAAGACCCAAAAUACAACUUCAUCCCAACCUCAACCUCCGAAUGGAAACCAACAGAAGAACUUUUCCGCGCCGCGAAAAACGCACCCCUUGGAGCCCCCGAAUCAUACUGGUCGCAUAGCCUAUACCGACAUACCACGACCCCAACGCAAAAAGUAACAGUCCACUACUGCAAAUCCCUCCACACCACGGAGCGCGUCCUACAAACAUACUUCCUUAACGAACCCCUCAUCGGCUUCGACAUCGAAUGGCUAAUAGCCGCCCACCGCAACUCCGGGCCCAAGCAAAACGUCUCGCUCAUCCAAAUCGCCUCGUCUUCCCGCAUAGCACUCUUCCACAUCGCUCUGUACCCCGGCACAUCCCUCGUCUCCCCAACGCUAAAACGCAUCCUCGAAGACGAUACCAUCACGAAAGUAGGCGUCAGCAUAAAAAGCGACUGCACGCGCCUGCGCACGCACCUAGACAUCCACCCGCGCGGCCUCUUCGAGCUCUCGCACCUCUACAAGCUAGUAAAAUACUCGCCCCUGUCCUCGCGCGACCUCGCUUCCAAAAAGCUCAUCAACAAGAAACUCGUCUCGCUCGCCACGCAAGUGCAAGAGCACCUGCACCUGCCCAUGUACAAAGGCGACGUGGUGCGCAGCAGCGAUUGGAGCCGCGCGCUGAACCUCGAGCAGAUCCGGUAUGCGGCGAGUGAUAGUUAUGCGGGGGUGCAGCUUUUCGAUACGCUGGAGUGUAAGAGGAGGGCGCUUGAGCCCACGCCGCCGCGGCCCUGGCAUGCGGAGUUGAAUCUGCCGAUUCGUGUGGCGGAGGGGUUGGAGAUCGAGACGGACGGGGAAGGAGAGGAAGAAGAGGAGAUUGAGAAGCCCGUGGUGGCUAAGAGGAAGUAUACCCGGACCGCUGUACCGGAUCCUGUCAAGGUCAAGAAUGCGGAUGCGGAUGAGGAUGUGAAAGAUGGAGGACGCGAUGAGACGAGGUAG